ACAUAAGAAAGCACUUGCUAGAUACAAUGCUAUGGAUGUCAAUCUUAUUGCCUAAAUAGACGCAAGUAAAUUGGAGGAGGAAUAUUGGGAGUGACUAUCUAUCGGUGGUGGGGAGAAGGUCUUAUGAGCAAUCAACCAGACAAGCCAAUAGGAACGAUUAGUGCUUUACAACAUACUUCACCAGAUAACCCUGUUGUUUUCUUCGAUGUCAGUAUAGCGGACCAUCCUGUCGGAAGAAUAAAGAUGGAACUUUUUGCUGAUAUUGUCCCCAAAACAGCGGAGAACUUUAGACAGUUUUGUACCGGUGAAUAUAGAAAGGAUGGUAUUCCAGUCGGUUAUAAGGGUUGUAGUUUUCAUCGAGUGAUAAAGGACUAUAUCAUUCAAGGAGGUGACUUUGUGAAUGGUGACGGAACAGGUUCCCUUAGUAUAUAUGGACUAUAUUUUCUCGACGAGAACUUUAUUUUAAGUCAUUCUGGUCCAGGAGUCUUGUCUAUGGCAAAUACGGGUCCAAAUACGAAUGGCAACCAAUUCUUUAUUACUUGUACGUCGUGUGAAUGGUUGGAUGGUACUCACGUAGUGUUUGGCAAAGUAGUGGACGGUUUACUCACUGUGCGAAAGAUAGAAAAUGUCUCCACGGGAGCCAAUAACAAACCACUUUUACCUGUAGUUAUAACUCAAUGUGGAGAGUUGUAACGACUGUUUUUAUUGAAAACAGAUUAUUCAUUUUUGAUAAAACAUAUAAGCUCUAUCGAGAGUGUCCUUUAAAGUAUCCCACGAUUCCCCCAUCAUGAAUAAGUCUCUCACUUGGCAUUAGAGAAGGAAGUGUUGUGAUUUCUUCUUCUUAUACAUGUCUACUACCAACAAUUAUAGCUCCAGUUCCUUAUCUAAUGAAGAACUUAUGGAACGAUUUCAACGCCAGAUGCAGUUACAGUAUUCUCAGAAUGUAUUGGAAACAGUUACUGAUAAAGUAAGGUAUUUCUUCUAGUAACGUUAUGGAUACUUUACUUGGAUACUUAGUGCUUUCAUAAAUGUAUUGCCAGUCCGUCUUCCACGUUAAGUACAAACGAAAAAGAGUGUUUACAAAGGUAGUUCUCUUCAUAUGGCUUCUUAUCUAAAAAUGGAAUAAUCUCACUAUGGAUGGUGGAGUUAGGUGUAUGGAUCGCUUUGUAGAAGCUAUGAAUCUUGUGGGGAAAACGUUGGCAGAAAAGAGUAGUUAGUAACAUAGGUAAUAAAGUAUCUCCACUUGUGUCAUAAGAUGGUUUCACCAAAAACCGAUAAUCACUUUCAGAAGAGGUAAACGCACCUUCUCAAAUUCAUUUUCUGGAAUCCUUUCGCCGUUUCCUU